GAUGAUUGUAACAAUUAAGAUGCCUUUUUUUUCUUUCUCAAGCAUGUAACGUACCUCGGUAUAGGCCUACUACUGUAGAUAACAACACGUGCAGUUCCGCUACAGCUGAAAAUCCACGCCUUCCUGCCAGCAAGUUUAUAUACUGCUAUCUAAUCUGAUAAUGUUGGACAUUACUAGCUUUGUUCAAUGAAGAUUGAACUCAGGCCCUGGAUGCUAAAAACUUGACACACACACACUGUUUUACUGAAGCUUUUAUCAAUCUAAGCGUCUAGUCCGACAUUCGUUGGCCACUCAUGGGAUUAGCCUAAGACACGUCUAUCUUAAUCCCAGGCCACUCGUAAACCAUAAAGACGUGUUCUAAAUCAAUAAUACCCAAAUCCAUUUUCAAAACAACCUAAUCAAGCAGCAGUUCUCAAAAGAAUAUUUAAGAAAUAAUAUAUAAAUAGUGAAUACAGCUGAUUACAUGGAAGAAAGAAGUGCUCAGUCACCAGUCUCAUUGAAGCAGAGAAGACAGUCCAAUCAAAGCCCUUUAACGCAUACGUAAAUAUAAAUAGCCUAUGUGUGUUAGGCCUUGGUUCUCGUUGGUUUCUGUUUUUAGACAUAGUUUUCAUUUUGCCAACUGUGUGCUUAGUGGUCGCUGUUACCGGUCCUUAGCUGUAACCGCUCCAGAUUUCAGGCUUGCUCGGGGUGUACUUCCGGUCCGCUGAUGGAGGUAAGCUGUUCUGCUUGACUGACUGCACGGUCUGAAUAAAGAUUCCUUCACUUGCUGUAAGGCUCUGUAGUAUGCAAAUUGGCCGUGGUAGUGUAUUUAAACAACCAACUCGCAGUAUAAUCAGGAACAGUGUUAACUUCUGCUCCAGCAGGGUCUUUCUAACGUGACACGCUGUGCUGAACAAGAGAAAUGAUGACAGAAGUUCGGCCUAGAGAUGGUCCCGUUCCAAAUCCCGUGAGAAAAGGCGUGACUACAGCUCAUCGACAGUGCUAUGGCGGAUGGGACGGGCGAAGGAAAUCUGUCGCGCUCUCCCAGAGAGGAUUAUGAUCCCUUGAAAGAUUAUCUCUCUUCCUCUGAAGGGAAGACAUACAAAUCUUCUAUCAGUCAUGAAGACGUCUAUGUGACAACCCACCCUGAUGAAGAAUCUCCCUCAAGUUCUAUUGAUCUGGAAAAUGAGGCUCUCUAUGGGGUGACCCCGCCCGUCAGCCUUAGGAGUGUACACAGGGAACGUCGCAUACACGGGAGUAAGAAAAGGGAGAGCAGCUUUAAAGACGGCAAAGACCCUGCCUUUGCCCGUCGAAAUUACAGGAAUAAAUCAGAUGUCAAUGUUAUUCGUGACUCUUAUGAUGUUUGCAGGGCAGGCGAGUCCUCUUCCAUGAGCCACAUGGAUUCUGAUGAGUUUAGCUACUGGGAGGUGAAGGAUGCCAAAGAGCGAAAGAAGCGAGAGAGUAGAGAGUCAAAGAAAAGUCUUACUGCCUGUCGCAGCAGCAACAGGUUUGCUAAAAUAACAAUGGGGGUCUUGGGAGUGAUACUGGUGGUGCCGAAGUCUUCAGUCAUACCGGUAACCCACGUACCUGCAGACACAUCACACAGGCAUCGUCCAGUGAAAAAGUCAUUUGCCUCAGUGGAGAGCGGGAGUGACACGGGUCUGGAUGGCAGAGUUCGACGACCAGCCUCCUUCAGUAAAAAUGACUGUCCUGAAGAUCGUAAGGAGUUCUAUCAUAUUUUCUCCACACUAAUUAACAUGGGCUCUCACGCCAAGAAGGAAAAAGAUCAGAAAGUUGGUAAAGCUACUUACAUGAGACAGAAAAGCUCUGAACAAGAAAUCUGGCAGACAAGAUUAAAAGAUGCUAUUUGGCUAGAACUUCAGGCAUGGCACAGUAGCCGCAAACGCGAUGAGGAGGAAGAAUUUCUGAGGAGGGAGCGGGGUAAAGUGUCUGAGGUACUUGCAGAAAUCCUCAAGUUCAAGCUAAACUGUGAUAUAGGAUCUGGUCUGACAGAGAUAUCCCCCUCCAAAGUUAAUGACCUGCCUCAAUCUCCUGAACACUUUGCUGCCACGGCUGCCUCCUUCCAAACCAUCACUCUAACAGAAAAUACAGUCCAGUGCCAAAGAGACGCUAUGAAGCAGGUGGAAUCGCUCCUCGAAAAGCUAGAGAUUUGUGAAAGGCAUUUCCCUACAAUGAAAGCCUUCUGGCAAUAUGAUGAGAUUUAUCGUAGCCAGGAAUUUCGGCAGCGUGUGAGAGCAUUGUAUUUGUGGUUGAAUGUGACUCGUGAUAUGUGCCAGAAAAUGAAGGAAAUAGGUAAAAUGAUGGGUGUGCAAAAUGUGAUAGGGGUUGUAGACUGGCCUUGGAUGGAUUACCAACCCCCUAAACAGGACAACCCUCUUAAUCCCUCCCUGUAUACAGCCACUCACAUACGCCGAAUCAGCGUUCCUGAACUGAAGGAACCCGAUGCUAUGGUGCAGACUUCACACUCUCUGUCAUGUCUCUCAGAAUUAAACACCAGUGAAGCUGGAGAAGGGGAGGAGUCCGAUUCAGCCAAUCAGGAUGCUGUGAGUGGGGGCCGCAACCUGAAAGUAGUCAUUCCUCCUACACGUAAAGUGCAGUUCUCCCCAGGCAGUGAGCAGAAUUCACGCUCUGGCACACCUGUUCUCAUUGACAGCCCAGUCCACUCAGGCUGCUCCACUCCCACAAAACUGCUGCCCAAGUCAGGCUCGGCUCUCUUUCAAAACUUGUCCAGGGCAUCCAGCGAGCUGUGUUUGGAUGAUCUGUCCAAGACGUCAGUCUAUCGUUACUUUGUGGACAAAAGUCUGAAAAAGAUGGGAAUGCACAAGCUGUUGCUUAGACUUCAUAAACUACUGCACCAUUCUCUUCAGAGAGCCAAGGAAGCAUUGGAGAAACCUAAAGAUCCACCCUCUUGUGCUGAGGUGGCGGACUGGGAUCGUAGUCCUGGAAACCUUCCAACAUUUCCAUCACUGGACCCCCCAGAGACGGGUUCCCAUCCAAGUACACUCGCAGAGGAGAAGCCUGAGGACUGGAACAAGCAAUUCAUGGAUAUGGGCUUACCAUCCUUCAGAUCCAGCUAUCUGUUCCUCACCAGGAUCAAGCUGGAUGUGAUACACGAGUGCCUAAGGCUGCGUCUAGAACAGAGGCCAAAGUCAGAUCCCUCAUUUCUCAGUAUAAGACAGUUAAUUCAUGAAUGUAAGGAGGUUCUGAAGGGAGCUGUCAAUGUGAAGCAGUAUUAUCAGCAGAUGGUCUCAGCAGUCCUCUGGGAUGAUGAAAAUGCAGAGGAAAACUUUGCAUCCAGUCUUGAGCAGUUUGACACGGAUAUGAGGAAAAUGCUUGAGAUUUACUUCUCAUACCUACAAAAUUGGAUGUACAGCCUUCAAAAUCUACCCGAGGCAUCUCGUAGUUUAAAGAACGCACUGGAGAUAGAGUGGACUUUUACCAAGAAGAUUUGUCCUCAUGUAGGGGGUGGAGAGGCAGAGGCUGGGAAAAAGUUCAGUACCCUGGCCAGCAGUUUGUUGAGCUCCAUAUCAGACUUCCUGGAGCAGGGCAUGGACGACUGCACAGCCCAUCUGUUUGACAUGACCCUGGGAGAUAGUGAUGACCGAGAAGACGGGGAGGAGGAUGGUGAUGGGGAAGAUCAGCUAGAUGAAGAUGAUCAGCUAGAUGAAGAGGGGGACACCAGGGAUGAGGCAGAAAGCCUAAUGCCCCAUCGCAGACCAGGGCUCUCCCUGGAUGUGUCCCAGAGGCUGGGUGAGCAUACCUCUGACUACCUGAUGGAGGAGGACCAGCAGGCAGACCACCGACACAGGGACUUCAGGCAUUCCAUUCAGCAGACCUGUCGGGACUUCAAAAACUUAUUUCAUGAGGCCAGACAGAGGGCUUCCAAGGCACUGGGAUUUGCUAAAAUGCUGAGAAAGGAUCUGGAGAUUGCUGCUGACUUUAAUAUUGCUGUGACUACAAAAAAUCUGCUAGAAAAACUGAAAGAAACCAGCCAUGUGCGGGUGAUUGCCCCAACCAGUGCUGGGUACCUAAUGUUUAUACCUCAGAGUAUUCUAGAAAACAAGUCUCUUAUUCUCCAAUUGCUCAACGUGACAUGUGGUCGAGAAGGCACUAGUAACUCUUACCUGGCUGGGCGAGAUGAGGGUUACCUGCUUAUGGUUCGCUGCGAGGGUGGCGCUGAUCAUAUAAGGGAAUGCCCAAUGUGGAAUGGGCAGAAGAUCCACGUGGAGCCCACUGCGGAGACAACUAUAGCUCUCUCACACAUAGAGGUUGAUGGACUGUUGUUGGUGGUGAUCCACUCCUCUCAACUGGGCACUCAGAGACGGGACUUUGAACAGAAGAUGGGACCUACUGUGGAACUGGUGAAUGAACAGACAUCUUGUCACCAGAAAAUAGCAGAGGCACUGGAAGAACUGAAGACUGCAGCAUUAAACCUGCGUGAGAAGGUGGUGCAGGCGAUCAAGCAGGUGGAUGAGAAGCUGAACUUAGAGGAUACAGAGCACCUGGAAGAAGCGGAGAGGAGCCACCUGCUGAAACUCUACAGGGAAACCAUGUUACAGUGUUACAACUUUGGUUUUGAGUAUCACAAGGAGGUGACUCGCCUUGUGACAGGAGAUGCUAGGCAUCGACUUGGACGAGCUCUUAUAGACUUUGCUCAAGAGUGGAUGAAGUUUGUCUCUCAGAAGUGCGAGCGUGGGCGAGGAAUGAGACCCAGAUGGGCGAGCCAGGGCUUGGAUUUCCUCACUGUGGCAUGUGAACCCAAGACAAUGACAUGUCUGACAGAUGCAGAGUUCCAGAACUUGAAGCAGAGUAUCAAUGACUGCAUAACCCAUGUGAUAGGAAGCGCAGAGAGAAUUGUCCCGUGGAGCCCUACCCAGGGUUUCAAGGUGGGCCAGGAUGUUCAGAAGGUGAACCGUAUUUUCUCCUGGCCAGCCGAAUCCCCCAAAGUCUCACGAUCCUUUUCCCACUUAAGUGAACCAACACCUACCCCGAAACGCAGCCCUGAAACGGCACCAGUAGAAUCCGCCCACUCUGCAGAUCCUGUGCUCCCCAGCUUCCCGUACUCCAAAUGCAUGAGGGCUGUGGAAAGACUGGAGCAGGAACGCAACAGGAAGCUACAGGAGAAACGUGUGAUUGGGCGGGUGACGACCAGGAUGUAUGAGACAGAUUAUCACAUCAGCGUUAGGAGGGUCAACUUCAGGUGGCAGAGAGGCAUCAAGAUAGGUGAGGGUCAGUUUGGGAAGGUCUACACAGCUGUCAACAUGGACACCGGCGAACUGAUGGCCAUGAAGGAGAUGAAAUUCCAGCCAAAUGACCAUCAGGCAUUCAAGGGAAUUGCUGAUGAAAUAAAGAACUUUGAAGGAAUCGAACAUAAAAAUUUGGUCCGCUAUUAUGGCGUAGAAGUACAUAAGGAUGAGUUGUUGAUAUUCAUGGAGUACUGUGACAGAGGAACCAUUGAGGAUGCUGCAAAGUUGGGGUUACCAGAGCACAUGAUCAGGAAGUACACGCGGGACAUUCUUGUGGCCAUACACACUUUACAUGAACAUGGUAUUGUUCAUAGAGAUAUUAAAGGAGCAAAUAUAUUUCUGACAUCGGAUGGGUGCUUGAAACUGGGUGACUUUGGGUGUUCUGUUCGAUUAAAGAGCCACACAACGAUGCCUGGGGAAGUAAACGCACUUGUGGGAACUACAGCCUACAUGGCACCUGAGGUGAUAGCUCGUAGUGGUCAGGAAGGUCACGGGAGGGCAGCGGACAUCUGGAGCUUAGGCUGUGUUGUCUUGGAGAUGGUCACUGGAAAGCGACCAUGGCAUGAGUUUGAGAACAACUACCAGAUCAUGUUUAAGGUGGGAAUGGGCUGUACACCUGUCAUUCCUGAAAGCCUGAGUGCCGAGGGUAAGGAAUUCCUGGAGCAUUGUUUUAGAACAGACCCCACAGAAAGAGCUACGGCCAGUGACCUACAGACACUUCUCUUCACCAUGGUCUAUGAAGAAGUGGAGGAUGCGGUAUGAUGUUGGCAAAGAUAUAGCAUGUUAUUAUACUUGAAAGAGUUGUUUUUGUAUUUCUUCGUGUAAUUUAUUUGCACACAAAAUUUACUGUGUGGAUUGGCCUUAUGAGUUAAUUUGUGCAGAAAAAGAGAAGUAGUAUUUUCAGCUUAUUUUAUGUGCAUGCAGGAUGUAAAUGUGAAUAUUUGUGCUAUAUUUGGAUAAUCUGUUUGUUAGACAAUUUGUACAUAGUUUUAUUUGUAUAGAGAUUUACCUGAGUACGGGCUGGUUAUUUGACUGAAAGCUUAAUGCGUGUGUACGUAGAGGUGAGAGUCAGACCUUACCUCUGGAUGUGUAAUUAUAAAUUGGCCAGUGAAAGUUCUGAAUCUGAAUGUUAAUUUGUCUAUAAAUAUUUUACGAUUAAAUGAUCAGAAAAUUCUUAUCUUUUGAAAAUAAAGUGCUGAAGAGGAUUUUGCUGGACAUUUUGCUGAUACGUAUGUACAUGUAAUAUGAGCUCUUGUAAUAAAUGAUGUUAGUGUCCUUCCUGCAGAGGAUGAAAACUGAUCCGUCAUCAGGUGAUUCUUAACGAAGAGAAAUCGUAGGACAGUUGUCAACUUUGUGGAAAAGAGAAGCGAGAAGCGUAGGGACAUUUCAGUGAUGAAUUCCGCACAUUUCACUUCGCACAUGGAACUUACAGCCAUAGAAGUGGUACACCCACAGCUAUGUUGAAUUAAUGAAUAUAAGACAACGUACAUAUGUGUGAUGUCUAGGGUAAUUUAGGGUAAUUAUGCCUCACUCUACCCAGCAUGUUAUUCCCCAUGAAGCGAUUUGGAAAGUUUGCAGAAGCAACACGAAGCAAACCUCCUGGGGCUCCAUAAAUCCAGUGUUUUAUCUUCAUAAAUAAUUAUUAGUGUUGGUCAUUAUCACAGUCAGCUUUGCUGUAAGGUGGCCUGUCGGGAGCUUGUGCCCUUUCAAAGUCGCACUAAAACUGAACUUGCAAUAUAUUUGUCAUGAACUAAA